UUUUUCUCUCUGUUUAAACUAAUUUUGUGUCUCUCUGUUGUUAUAUGUUUUCAUUUUGCAGUUGCUUUUUGUGUGCGUUGGUUGGAUAAAUCUCUGUUUCUUUGUUAUUUUUCUCUUUUCCUGCAACUUUGUCUUUUUAUUGCUAGUUUUGUUCAUUUGCCUUCCCCUAUUGUGAAUUUUUGUGUGUUUUGUGCUCUAGUGUUUACUGUCAUUUUUGUCUCUUAUUGCAGGGUUGGUUUUUUUGCACAUUUGUUUUAGUUUUCUCUCUCGUUGUAGUAACUUUUUGUGUCUUUUUGUUGCCAUUUUCAUGUUUUUUGCUACAUAAACAGUAUAAAUGAUGGCUCUAGCUAGAGUGACAUCAUCCACUGGUUUCUGAGGUUGUGUUUUUAAUCCUCAAGAUGAGCGUUUUCUCCGUUGCCAUCUUGGUUUAAAAAAAGUGGAUGUGAUGAGGAGGAGCAGGUCCACCUGUCAGAGGGUCACUGGCUAGUGGUUAGCCACUGAGCGUAUCACAGAUAUGGUAACCCAUCCAGGGAUCUGGUAUAUUUCCUAAUGCCAAACUCUAACCCUAAGAUUCAUACGGCAGAUUUGAUUAAAGACUUUCAAUUAUAGUAUGAAAAGCUGGACUUGAUAUCAAGUAGUUGUUCAGAACUUCAGACAUUUUUAAAUCAUGAAACCCUGAAUGUGUAUAAAUAUUAACAUAUCCAAGUAUACUAUCUGUACAUCCAGAAGAAAGACAUCAAUGAUCUCUCAUUUGUCUUUAUUUUGAUUACUGGUGUAAGAACGUGGUUUAAAAAGUCUUCUCUGUUUUUGUUUCAGAGUCAUAAGAACACAUAGUUAGACUUAAAAUGGUUGUAAAGGGUGAGAUGGAUUCCAAUGUAACAGAGCCGGAGAGCUUCUGGGAGAUGGACUCGGCGUGGACCACCACUGUGCUCCUGGUGCCCUGUGUGGUCCUGCUAACAGCUGGAUUUUUCUACCUCUAUGGUGUAAUCAUGGGACUGUUGUCCAACAAGUCUGUACGCAACAAGGUGGUGGUUAUAACUGAUGCUUUAUCUGGGCUUGGAAAAGAGUGUGCAGGCGUGUUUCACAAAGGAGGCGCGAGGCUGAUCCUCUGUGGGAAAAACUGGGAGAAACUCGAAGAACUGGCUGAUGAUUUGGCAAAUGCUUCGGAUCCAACAGUGACGUUUCCUCCUAAGCUGGUGCUGCUGGAUUUUGCAGAUAUGGACAGCAUGCCUGAGGCAAUCGCAGAGAUCCUGGACUGUUAUGGCUGCCUGGAUAUUAUUAUCUUUAACAGCAGCAUGAAGGUGAAAGCUCCGGCACAGACUCUGUCUCUGGAGGUGGACAAACUGCUGAUGGACAACAACUACUUUGGGCCUGUCACUCUGGCUAAAGGUGUGCUGCCCUCCAUGAUCUCCAGGAGAAGUGGUCACCUGCUGCUGGUUAACAGCAUCCAAGGGAGACUAGCUGUGCCUUUUCGCAGUACCUACGCAGCCUCUAAACACGCUGUUCAGGCCUUCUUUGACUGCCUGAGAGCGGAGGUGGAGGAGUACGGCAUCUCCGUCAGCACCAUCAGCCACAACUUCAUCAGCUGCUCUGCGUCUGGAGCCCCAGCCACCUCCAAGUCCCUGUGGUCAUUGUUGUACACUAAGAAGCCCCUCGGCGUUUCUCCUGAUGAAGCCGCCGCGGAGAUUGUGAAGACUUUAAACAAUAAGAGGAAAGAGGUGGUGAUUGCUCCCUCGCUCCCUAAGAUGGCCAUUUACACCAGGUCCUUCUUCCCAAAUGUGUUCUUUGCUGUGAUUGGUGCGGGGGUGAAGAACGCUGCCAUUGCCGCUGAGAUGUAGCUACUGCCUCAGCACCGGGAUGAUGAGACACAUGACACGAGGUUUUUAACAAAUCAGUGGAAGUCAAAGAUAUUUUAUUGAUUGUCUGAUGUUCGUGGCUAGUUAGCUGGAAAAAAAAGGCCCAACAGUCCCAGAUUUAAUCCACAUCACAUUAUCUGUUGCUGUUGGUUUAAUUGAAUUGUGGGAAAAUCAGCUAUGUGAUUUUCAUGAAUCAUGAAGCUGCCACACAGAGUGGGGUCCAACUACAGAUGUUUGCCUCUGAGCUCCUAAGUGGGUAAAUCCAGCCUGUGUGGAUUAGUGUUUUGUCUUAUACUCAGAUUUGUGUGUAAAAUAUUGAUUUUCUUCAUUUUAAUAAACAGAGUUUCCUUAAAACUCAACAAUCAGGAGUUACAGGACUUAUAGGACCUACUCAUAUUUAUAAAUGUUAACUUCUUCUUUAGUUUUCAUAGUAUUUCUAUCAAGAAGUGAGGUAUUAAAGAGAUUUUGCAUCUUUUGCUGAAUUUGUGGAACUAUUGCUGUAGGUUGUUGUUGUUGUUUUUUUUUUUAAAAGCUCGUUAACAUAUUAUUGUUGGCACUGAGAUCAGAUGUAAGACUAUGGACAAAUGUUAUUUUACAGGUUUGGAAUUUUCACACGAUCUUAGAAAGAAUUUCCUGAAAAUGACCACAUAAUUUAGUACUUAUUAUAGCGACAAUGGGAUUUUUAUUCUAUUUAAACUAUAAUCAAAGUAUUAACUAUUACGUAUUAUUAAAGUAUGAACUAAGUACUCAUUAUUCAUUCAUCAUGAAAUGUGUUAUUUACUGUAUGAGUCAUGGUUUGAAGUGUAGUAAUUACUUUCACUACUGCCACUGAAAAUAAAUACAUGUAUAUUUAUAAAUAAAUAAUACAAAUAACAAGCUUGCACAAAGCUAAAAAUUUCAAAUUAUUUCUGAAUAAGUUGACAUUUCAAGAAACUAACCUGAAAUUUGUAACUUAAGUGUGGCGUUUUUUUUUUCAAGAAGAAGAAACGAGCUUCCAUACCUCACUGACUAAACCUCACAGAGAAAUGAAAAUUAAAAAAAAUAAAUAAAUUAAAAAAAUAAAAUAAAAAAAAAAUAUAUAUAUAUAUAUAUAUAUAUAUGUACAUUUUACUGCUCUAUAAUUUACGGCACAUUUUUUGGAAAUGUUUGUAUUUACUUGACUUGAAUUAACAGAUACAUUUACAAACAGCUUUUUAUAUGGAUGAUGUCCGGUGCUAUAACAGAAUGCUUGGAAAUAAGAUACAAAUAUUUUCAUAAUUGGGUUCAUGUUUAUGAUCUGCUUGGCUGCCCCACAUAAACAUCAGGAAAUAGUUAGGGAUGUUUCAAGGUCAUGAAAUUUAUGACUGUGAAGAAACACACAAGCUAUAUAUAUAUAUAUAUAUCCUAGCUGCUUUUGUCCGAGGUGCUCUUUGAAAUAAAAUCACUGGGUUAAAUAAAUCAGUCAUAUUGAAACACCUCUGGGCUCUUAUUUGAACAGUUAUUUUGAAGCAAAAUCUAAAUUAAUUUCAACUUAAAUUUCAAUGGUGGGACAUAAAAACUGCAUGCAUGGAAUGAUUAUUCUUAAAAAUCAUUUGAUAAACUCUGUUUCCAAACACAAAUGUCAACUUGUGGUUCUUUCAGUGCCAUAUUUCUCUUAUAAUGUUUCUCAGUAGAAAGUUACAGAAAUGGAACAAAUAAUUAUAAAAAUACUAGGAUUACUACCAAUAAUCUGUUCUGAUAUUACAGUUUUCAAUUAAAUGAAUAUCCUAUUAAUCCCAUUAUUUUGUUUUAAAGGUCAAAGGAAUUUAAUGAUUAACUCCUGCCUCAUGGCGCCCUCUGGCGGAUAAGUCAGAGAAGACCUGUUCGUCGACGCGCUGUCGUGCUUUAGCUGUUUAUUUAAUUUUUUAAAUAAAUGGCUUUUAGAAUACUUUCCAGAGUCUGCACACUGAGUCACGGACUCAAAUCCUCUCAGACCGCCUUCAGUGCGUUAAGCUCCGCCGGCAGUUUAAAGGUUGAACAUGACCGACGUAACCAGCGCUUCACGGUCACCGCAGGCAGCAGCACUGCGGACAAUGAAUGUGCGGUGCUGAAAUAUAGAUUCACUGGGGAGAAGGAGGUGGACCUGAUGUCGACCUUCGUACCCGAGACAUACAGGGGCCAUGGUGUUGCAGCUCUGCUGUCAAGGGCUGCGCUGGACUUUGUGGUUGAAGAGAACUUAAAGGCUCAUGUCUCCUGCUGGUACAUAAAGAAGUACAUGAAAGAACAACCACAGCAGAAAUAUAAAGACUUUGUCAUCACCUGACUGCAGCUUGUAUGGCACCUACAUGCUGUAUGUCUGUGAAGGUUCUCAGUCAUCCAGGUCAUUGUAGUCUAAGGAGUCCAGACGCUUUUCUUUCCAAGCUCCUUAGACUACAUACUGUAAUUCUACCUCUAAUUAACUACACGUGAGAAAUAUCGUAUCAGUGUAAUUCUACCUCUAAUUAACCACACUCGUACAGUGUGCAUUGUACAAGUGAGAAAUCUCACAUCAGUGUAAUUCAAUGUAGAUUUAAACAAUUUCAAA